CUUUCUUUUCCCCCUUCCUUUUCCCUUCACCCUUUCCCUUCCUUUCCUAUGGCUUUCCCUUUCCCAUGCCUUUCCCUUUCUUUCGCGUUGGCUUUCCCUUUCUUUCCAUAGCUUUGCCUUUCCCAUGGCUCUCCCUUUCUUUCCUGUGGCUUUAUCUUUCCCAUGGCUUUCCCCUUUCCUUCGCUUCUCCCCUUCCCCCUGGACUCGCUUUCCCUUUGCUCUCCCCUUGCCCUGGCUUUCCCUUCCCAGCAAAGCCAUUCCCUGCAGUUUAAGGAGCCGAGGGAACGUGUCUGGGGCUGUAGUGCAGGGAAAGAGCACAGCUACGAUGACCAUCUUGUCUGCAUUAAUUAAUUGUUAGGUUUCCUGCAAACCAGCUCCCUUGAAACAACCUUGAUAGGUGCCCACAUGGCUCUCCAUGUGUUUUCUCAGGCAUGAGGGAAAGAGUUGAAAUGGAUCCACUGCCAAAGCUUUGGAACAGCAAGGUUGUGCAGUUGAGGCGUGUUCCAGCCUUAUCAGUCGGUGUCAGACUGAAGAAUAAUGAAUUAACGGCACUGGCAUCAUGACAACUGUGAGACAGAGAAGGGUUGGAAAAGGCACAGAAGCGGAUGAAGAUCAGCCUUCGGAGGAGAAGAAUGUGAAGCCUGAUGGGAAAGUUCCGUCUGGUCAUACAGGUAGAAAGCUGUGGGACAUACUCUCGGUAACUGUUGGUGGAAUUGUUGCAGUCUCUCUUGGACUUCUUACUUCUGUUUACGUUGCUACGCUGCAUGAAAAUGAUCUGUGGUUUUCCAAUAUUAAGGAAGUUGAAAGAGAAAUUUCGUUCAGAACAGAAUGUGGACUUUAUUAUUCCUACUACAAACAGAUGAUUCAGGCUGCUUCCAUCCAGCAAGGUUUACAUGGUUUAGUAUAUGACAAUAAAACUGAAUCUGUGAGGACAAUUAACAUACUUGAAAGAAUGAAUGUUUACCAGGAGGUGUUUCUCAGCAUUCUGUAUAGGAUUCUUCCAAUUCAGCAAUACCUAGAGCCCGUUUAUUUUUAUAUCUACACUUUGUUUGGACUCCAGGCAGUUUAUGUCAUUGCUCUGUAUGUCACAAGCUGGCUUCUUAGUGGAACGUGGCUUUCAGGCUUGUUGGCAGCUUGCUGGUAUGUUACAAACAGAAUAGAUACCACAAGAGUAGAAUUCACCAUUCCUUUAAGAGAGAACUGGGCACUACCAUUCUUUGCUGUUCAGAUAGCAGCCAUCACAUACCUGCUCAGAACUCAUCUACAGCCUGUCCAAGAAAGGUUGACACUCAUGGCUGUUUUCAUAGCAACGUUUCUCUUUAGCGUGACUUGGCAAUUUAAUCAGUUCAUGAUGCUGAUACAAGCGUUGGCAUUGUUCAUACUGGACUGCUUUGACAUGCUUCCCACAGCAAAGGUUACGUGGCUCUAUAUCAUUCAGGUUUCUGGAUUACUGCUUGUCUGUGUCCUGCAGUUCUUUAAUUCUAUGAUUCUCGGAUCGUUACUUAUAAGUUUUAAUGCUUCUGUCUUGAUAGCAAGAACAAUCCAGAAAAACCUAAAAAAGGGUGGCUUGCUUAAUAGGCUUGGGAAGCUUAUCCUCCAUGUACUAUUAGUCCUGGGCUUGACUCUUCUGAUAAAUAAAUUUAUGAAGAAAAUCCUUAAUCUUGAGUCAGAUGAACAUAUAUUCAAAUUCCUGAAAGCAAAAUUUGGAUUUGGGGCAACAAGAGAUUUUGAUGCUAACCUGUACCUUUGCGAAGAAGCUUUUGGUUUACUGCCAUUAAAUACUUUCUCAAGACUCUCAGAUACAUUACUUUUCUACAUCUACAUGUUUGUUCUCAUCCUUCUGACAGUAGCAGCUGUAAUUGUUGCCUUUCGGAACCUCAGUGGUUCAAAUCAAGUCCAGUGCAUGGAAGAAAGAGAAGAAUGCACAGUAACGCUGAAGCCUGAUGCUGCUUACAACUUAACUCACACAGUGCUUUUUGGAUGUCUGGCAUUAAGCACAAUGAGAAUGAAGUACCUCUGGACAUCCCACAUGUGUGUAUUUGCCUCGUUUGGCCUGUGCAGCACGGAAGUAUGGAAACUCAUCCUGAAGGGUGUUCGUCUUCACACAUCGCAGAGGGCACAUCUGAUUAAGUAUUCUGUACCAAUAAUUACACUACUCUACAUUUCGUAUAAGUUCUGGCCAGGAAUAAUGGAUGAACUGUCAGAGCUGAGAGAGUUCUAUGACCCAGACACCGUGGAGCUGAUGAACUGGAUUAAGUCAAACACUCCAAACACAGCGGUGUUUGCUGGGAGCAUGCAGCUGUUAGCAGGAGUCAAACUGUGCACGGGACGGACCCUAACGAAUCACCCCCAUUAUGAGGAUAAGAACCUGAGAGAGAGAACAAAACAGAUCUAUCAGAUCUACGCCAAGCGAUCUCCUGAAGAUGUUUACCGAAUACUGCGAUCCUUUGGCACAGACUACGUGAUCCUGGAAGACAGCAUUUGUUACGAAAGGAGACACAGUCGAGGCUGUCGGUUACGUGACUUACUUGACAGAGCUAACGGCCACAUCAUGGAUGGUUUGGGAGAGAAUGAACCUGAAUUGAAACCUUCGCUGUAUCCUCGCUUCUGUGAGGAGAUUAAAAAAAACCUGCCUUCUUACACCGUGCACUUCACUAGGGUGUUUCAGAACAAAACAUUCCACGUUUACAAACUUGCCAAGCAUAAAUAACAUUUCCUACCACAGCUUCAAGUUCAGUGUUUUAAUGCUAGGACCCACAGUAGGAAACGCAGAAGUUUACAAACACGUUACAUUUGUGAGACAUUUUACAUUGCUGGUUUCUUGUUUAAUUCCCGUGAUUCUUACUUUUUUUAGACAGUUUAGUUUUAAUAACAUUCCUGAUCUUGCCAAAAUUUUCAUAGAUUCGUAAGUCAAAGCUAGCAGAGACCAUUUUGGUUAUAAAUUCUGACCCAAAUACCUAGGAGAGAACUGUUCAGCAGUUUUAACCCAUUGAAGGAUGCACAGAGCGUGGAGCUGGCGUAAGCGCUGGAACAGCCUGGCAAGUCCUGGGAUCUUUACUAUGAAAUGGCAGGAGCUCGAUGCAAGCAGCCACGCUGCUCCUGUACGGAGUGUGCAUCAUCUUUGUGUAUCCUUAAAAUACUCAGAAAAAUUUGGUUUUCUCCCAAUCUGAUCCUCUUUGGCAGAUCCUUGUGCUCUUUCAGUGCCUCUUUUUUUAAUCCUUUGGGAAUGCGUGCAGGUAGGAGUUUCUGACCUUGUGAGAGUGAGUGCGGAAUCAGCAAUCGCGUUUCAAGAGUUCCUUUAAUCAUUGUCCGGUAUUUGCAGUGAUACAGAAGCGCACUGGUUCAUAACAUUAACCACUUAGUGACAGAGUGUUACGUAUUUCUAAUGAGAAUAAGGGUUGGGGCAUGCUUGGUACAUGUUGCAUGUUUGUAUCCUCAUAAAAUGCUCAGAACAAACAAAAAUACAAAUUUCUCAGCUUGGAUUCUCACAGCACUAUUUUCUGUAUUUGCUUUGUGAACUACAGGGGAUCCUUUUUCUCCCCAGACGAAUUCCAGGAGGAACCAAAAUUGAACACUGAUGACCUUACAAACGAUAAAUUCCUCUCCGCCAUCUGCAGGAAACUUGGGUCUUUAAAGUCUGUUCAGGUAUCAGAGCUUUGCUUUGUGGUGUUUCAGGCACAGAGCUCUGUAUUUUAGCACAAAAUCAUUGUUUCCUUGAUUUUUAUCUGAAAAAAUAGACUACAGUUGUUUUAAAUUGACUUGGAAUUAAGUGAAGCCAGGCCUCGAUCCUGAGAAUUUUGUGCUUUGUUUGUACCCUGUGUCUUUUUAUCAGUUGGAACUUUGUGAAUUGUAUUGACUUUGUAGAUGUUGUGUAGGAAACACAUGAAUUUUUCUGUGUUUUAGCACUGCUUUGGUUUUAUAUUGAAAUUAGAGAUUAAAUCUGAUUGAAAGUCUAACAGCACUCUCCAACUGUAAUUAUUUAUCCACUGGAAUCAUUUGUUUCUUGUGGAAAACAGAACUGGAAUGAUCAAGUGCCUGUAGGCCAGUGCUGAAUUAAUGUUUGAACACUUGUAAGAGCGUCUGUGGUCUGUGCAAAGAACUCAGUUACAAUAAUUACCACUGCUAUUAAUUUCUAAUGAUGAGAAACUCACAGUUAAUUUAAUCGAGAUGCGUAGUGAGAUUCGCUUUCACAAUGGAGCUGUCUCAGCUCCAGAUGAUUUAAGUGUUCUCCCUUCUCUGUUGUACGAAGGUGAGUUACUGCAGGGAUGGAGAUGGUUCUGUCACAUGCUCAAACAACUUUCUAUUCGGUCAAUACUCAUUAAACAAUGUUCCCCACCUCCCUGCGAGCGCAGAGGAAGGUGCGCUUUGAUCAGGCGGUGCUUAAAUCAAACGGUGGCAGGCGCUGGGUUGUUAAAGCCAGCAGCUGGAACUCGAGAUCAUUUCUCACCUGGAUCCCCUAAUGAGGUUGGAGACCACUGCAGUUUAAGAGAACGCAAUAAUAAAACGCUCUAAUCAGUAUUAGGAGUUUAAUUAGGCUCAUGAUGGUGCACGCCUGUUCCUGCUGAAGGCGUGGGUCAGUGAGCUCUGUGCUGAGUGCCUUACGGUAAUUAGAAACAAGCACACCGAGGGCAAAGCUGGGUCCGGGCUCUGCUGUGUUUUACAGUGUGGUCGUGUCUUUCCUCAGAGGUGUGGUACCUUUGCCGUGAGCCUCUCCAAGAUCCAGGGCCACCCGGGCUGUUGGGGUUCGCUCCGAGGCAGCUGAGACGGAGGAGGCCAGGCUGGCACAGAAACGUUUGUAAAUGGUCUUUUUUCAAACCCGCAGGCUCUGAUGUUGUCAAAGGAGAUAUUGAACCUUUUUGUAGAAACGACCAAGUGCAAAUUUUUAGGUUUGAUUUUUCAGUGUUUUUAAACCACCACAGCCCCUGAGGUGCCAUUGGUCUUGGGAAGGCGUAAACCCCAGUCAGGCAGCAAACCUCCCUGAAGCUGCAGGGGCAAGCGUCGCACACGCAGGGGCAAGCGGGGCACUUUGGAGACUGCUGGCUCUUGCAGGUCCCAGGCUGUGGAGUCUGGGUUGCUGCGAUGCUUCUAAACCAGCCCAAAGGCUCCUGUCACGGGCAGUAUUAAUGCUAAAGGGACGGGCGUUGUUCAGCGACUGCAGGUGCAGCGUUUGGACCAAUCUCCUUGAAACAGAAAAACAAAAUUCCAAGCAAUACGACCACUCCCCAGCUCAGAGAGGAGCCACACGCGCAUCACCACAGCCCUUGGGGGGAGGGAGGCACUGCUGCCGGCUGGAAUCGCAGGGAGCAGAGGUGCUGGGGAGCUGGGGACCGUGUCCCCCGUGCCCAGAGGUGGGGGCGAGAGCCUGAGCCUUGGAGCAGGUGGGUGCCGGUUUAGCUGCCUGAUCUUUACUUUCGGUGCUUCCCAUGUCUUGUUGGGGCCUGUACUCACUGCAUUAAAGAGGUGCCAUUUUUACACAUCACUGUGCCUGUUCCUGGCCUCCUCAGCCUGACACUCCUCAUUCCCAAGUGGCUGCUGUGGCACCGCUGUUCCAUUGUGUGAAGUGUGAUCGGCCCCAGGAACGACCCUUGUGGCAGGGCCUUUGCCCGAGUCUCACCUAUCACCGGCGAUGGGAAUGGCACCGCUGUGACUUCGUGUGUACGUGACCCGCCGGCCUCCAGGACCUUUCACCUGCCUGUUGUCGGUGGAACUGGGGUAUGAAUUCCUUUUUGUAGAUCGCAGAGACAAAAUGUUAUCAAGUAGCCAGAAUGUUUUUAGGGGAGAAAAGCCUUUGAGAUCCGUAAAUACAUGUUCAGUCCUUGUUUCAGUUCUGCCACUGAGAUCUAACGCAGUUGGUUUAUAUCUUCUUGUAACGAGAUGUGAUUACUAUUGUAUAUUAAAUAAACUGUGUAAUUUGAAGGACAUUUUGUUUGUUGUUUUUAUGUUGGGAGGGAUCAGAAAGGGGCAGUUAGGGAGUCAGCUUUGUUUCAAUCCAUAUGGAGUGUGUUUCAGAAGGAGAUUCUGCCUUCUCUCCAGCUGGUUGCAGUCCAUGUAUCACUGACAUUUUACAUCAUCUUUGUGUUUUAACAGCUUGCUGGGCUUCCUUC